CGCAACAAUCUUCUGGAAGUCAUUGAGUGCAAUUGAGUGCCAUUAAAGUCUAGACCAUGGCCGAACACCCUUCCUUUACCCUUGCUGGUCUUUUGGCGGCUGGCGGAACCGCCGGCUAUCUGCGAACCCGGUCAACACCCUCUCUCGUCGCGGGGCUAGGACUGGGCGUUUCGUACGCCUAUGCCGGCUACCUUCUCAAGACCAACCAGGACUAUGGCGCCGAGCUUGCCCUCGGAAACAGCGUCCUUCUUACCGGAUCUGCUAUCCCCCGGAUAAUCAAGACGGGAGGUAGGGCACCAAUUCCUCUGGCACUUGGUGCUGCUGGCGGACUGGCGACGUACUACUACCAAAAGAAGUAUCGCGAAUUUACGUAUGGCGUUUAGAGGGAGUUAUGAUAGAGGGAAAGUUUCGGCAAGACAGACUCGCAACUUCUGGUCACCAGUGUUCACUUGGAGUUCAAUACCAAAAUAUACCAAU